AUGUCUUCUUCACGAGUCAGUAAAAAUUUAAACAGCAGCGAAAAAGACGCGGAUACAGCAAUGUCUGCAUCACCAAAUAAUCCAUUGACCUCUAUUUCAACACAUUAUGACGAAGGAGAUUUAAUACUGCAAGGGUUUGAAGGUGAAAUGGCCAUACUUGCAAAAUGGGAUGAUCCCCAAUGGACUGUGAAGAUCUGCAAGUGGGUUCUAGGAGUACCUACACCGUGGGAGGUUGAAAAUGAGGAUGAUGACAUUGAUGAAAAAAUUAGUGUCUCAUACAAAUGGGGAAAAGCAGAGCCUUAUUAUGAAUCGUAUUACGGAGGAUACAUCCGAUGGGACGAAGCGCAGUUGGAUGCAGAAUUCAGCAAGUACAAAAUUGAGACCAAAUAUUUUUUUCAGGUAUUUGGAUUCCAGGCUGUUGCAGAUCCGGAGGGCAUCAACGCAAUUGAUGAAGGAACACUACUAUUCUUGGUCAAUGGAUAUAAUGAAAUAACCGAGAGAAUCAUGGACCGUCCUCCACCAGCAAUACUCAUCAGUGACCGCUCUUUGGCGGCUCGAAUGCAAGAAAAGAGAAGUGUUAGGGAGAAAACGAGACAAACACUCUCUAUGAAAAAUCUAGCGGCAGGGAGAAAGUCUUUAAAAGGAAAGUUCAUAGAUGCAGGCGAAAAGAUUGCAUUGGCUUGUCUCGGAAAGAGAGACGGUGGAAACUUUGUUGUCGGAGAAUCCAGGGAACUCAACCCUGCCGUGGAGAAUAGCGAAUGA